GGUGGCGCGAUGUUUCUGCAAUUUGAUAAUGUAGUUUCAAAGAGCAGAUUUGAGCACUUCAUUGCUGAACUCUCCACCUCCAAGAGGAGAAUUAUAUGAAACAUAAAGAGUAACGCAGGAAAUCACAUUUCUAGGACAUUUCACAAUUCACCAGAAUGUUGAAGGAAGCAGACACUAUAACUCAUCCCUAUUGGCCACGCAACCUGUCCAUUCCCAACUAUGUGGCUAAUGACCGUUCAAUGUCAGAGAUUCUCAUAUUCCUGUUCUCUGUGUCCGGGACACUGCUGCUCGCCACCUGGUCACUGACUGGCCGUAAGGUGUCUGGAAGCAGACUCAGUGGAGGGAGGAGGUUAGCUCUGUGCUGGUUCACCGUGUGUGGCUUCAUCCAUGGAGUCAUUGAGGGAUGGUUCUCUUUAUACUACACCAUCAUUCCUGAAGACCAGAGUUUCCUUUCUCAACUGUGGAAAGAAUAUUCCAAAGGAGACAGCAGAUAUGCAAUAGCGGAUAAUUUCACCGUUAGCAUGGAGACAGUGACGGCGUGCCUGUGGGGUCCCUUCAGUAUAUUGAUUGUUGUGGCCUUCCUGUAUAAUCAUUCUUACAGAUUUGUCCUGCAACUUAUUGUAUCUCUAGGUCAGCUGUAUGGUGCAGUCCUCUACUUCUUCACUGAGCACAGAGAUGGAUAUAUUCACAGUGAAUAUGGUCACCCCAUCUAUUUCUGGUUCUACUUUGUGUUUAUGAAUAUUUUGUGGAUUGUCAUUCCUUUCAUUCUUAUAAUGGACUCGUGGUGUCAGCUAUCUGCCUGUCAAUCCAUCUUUGAUAAAGCAGCACUUAAAGGAAAGUCUAAAAGAAGCUAGAGCAGUAGAAAGCAGAAGGGAUGUCGAAAAAAUACUGAAAUACUGUAUAUGCUUUGGAAUGUAUACAAUAUGUGGAAAUAAUAU